GCUCUUUAAACCCAGUCAGCCAGAAUCAAUUUGACCCAAGUGAUGUUUGCCUUCCUUCCCUCCACGUUCAGCAAUCACACUUUAUAAUGAGUCCUGAGAGGCUGGCACCUUUUCCUUCUUCAGUCCAGUUUAACAGGAUGGACCACGGUAAACGACAAUUCCCCGGUUUGUGUUGUUAAAGAUAGUUCGCACACAAACAUGAGCCUGAAGAUACUGAUUUGAGGAACGACAAAGGUGAUAUCACGUCGCUGACAAUGUCUGUUCCCAAUAUGUACGGGCUGAUCUUUGCCUGUACCUGCGGAGUGAUCCUGGGCAUUGGGCUCAGUGCCAACCUGCUGGUCUUCUCACUGUUUGCCAAGUACAACACACUGCGGAAGAACCGCCUUGACAUCCUCCUGUUCAGCAUGACUCUGGCUGACUUCCUCACCCUCCUGCUCAUCCCCUUCACCCUGCACUCUGCCGUCACCCACUCCUGGCCUCUGGGUAACACCUCCUGCAAGGUCUACCAGUUCCUGCUGGCCUUCAGCCUGGCAGCCAGCACCUACUCGCUGUGUGCCGUGUCCAUGACCCGUGCCAUGAUCAUCACCAACCCGUACCAGCCUCCCACCAUGGACCUGGUCAUCCUCAUGUUCAUCCUGGUCUGGGCCCUCAGCUUCUUCAUCAGUCUGCCUCUGCGCAUGUUUGCCACCAAAGACAGCCUGGGCCAAAGCCUUGCAAACUUCACCUUUUGCCUUCCAACCAUUCAUGAGCACCACUACCAAGUGAUCCUAAGCCAGUUUGUACUUUACUACUUUGUUCCAAUGUUAGUCAUCGCCUUCAACUACGUCCGGCUGGCUCUCUUUCUCCACAAGAGCCCUGUAAUGUCGGUGUCCAGUGCCAGGAACACCCGCCGUGCCUCCGUCAUGGUGUUCUUGGCUGCUGCGACCUUCUCAGUGUGCUGGCUGCCUGGUUAUGUGCUGGAGCUGUGUGUGUACCUGGGGUUAUAUCACCAUGGGCACACUUGGGAGUUGUUUUACUUCAUCUGUACUGUGCUGCAGUACCUGCACCCCUGCAUCAACCCCGUGCUCUACGUGCUGCUGUCAAAGCGCUAUCGCCACAGGAGGGCAGCCUGGUUCUUCAGAUGUCACAGGAACAGAGUGCAGCCUCAGGUCAUCAGUGUCACCACAGACAGCUUUUAGAUGCGGCUGACUUGUUCAAGCAUCAAGCAAUGAGUUGGUGGCAUUCGGGGGAUACUUUUUUUUUAUAU